AUGCAUUCUAAUGUGUGGCAUAAAGUUUCAAGAUUAUUAUCAUUAACCAAAUUGCUUCGGAAACAAAACGAGGAACUAGUAGCAGUGAUCACAGAAGUGCAAGAAAAGCUAUCAGAUGUAAAUCCAACCCGAUACUAUCAAAGAUAUAAAAAUGCACUGGCGAAAAUAUCCGCAUUAGAAGCCUCGUUGGAAAAAUGGCGGCGGCUUGCUCGCAAUUACGAAAAGUUUAAUGAUUACCGUCAACGAAGGUAUUCAAGAAACGGCGAUAGUGAGACAAUAUAUGGGCUGCGUUACCCAUUCCGUAAGACGCUUACUGGUGUCUCCACGGAUUAUGAUACAAUAGACAAUUAUCAGUCAAUUGAGGAGAAGAUAUCGUCGGCCACCGAAACAAUGGCUAGUAAAUCAAAAGACAGAAUGAAAAGUUAUACUCCUAAUCCUUUCAAGCUGCUCAGCCGGACAUUAUCGCUGAGUAAUAACGAUACCUCAAAAUUUCCAGAGAGUGGGAAUAUCCAAGAUGUAAUGACUACCCCAGAUAGUAUUACCGCUCGUGAGUUAGUAGAUGAAAUGCAACGGUCAUCUACUAUGACGAAUGAGGAACGUGGCUUCAACAAACCAAGUAUGAGCAGUAAUGUAUUGGCUGAUUUAUUUCGGAGGAGGGAGGCUAUGGGAGGGGAGGAAGCAACUCUUUGA